AUGGUCACAAAAAGCAAGCUAAAGAUGGCUCUGGCCGCCGAAAAGGGCACAGAUUUCAAGAAGCUCAAGCUCUUGAAGAAACAGAAGGAGGCUGAGAAGCGCAACGCCGCCGCUCGUGGGGCCGACGACAAGGACUCAGACGAAGAGAAGGAGGAGAAGACAAUUCAGAUUGAGGCUGAUUUUGAGGAUGAGGACGAUGAGGAAGAGGACGAGGAUGAUGAGGACGAUGAAGAGCCCCAGUACGACCUACAAGGCAUCAACGACAGCGACGACUCAGACUCUUCAAUCGAGCUUGAGGAGAAGAUUAUUCGCAAGCCCAAGAGAGACACACUCAAGAAGACCGAGCUCGCACAAUUGGCAGCUGAGAAGGCAGCCGCUGCUGCUGCUGAAGAGGACGAGGAGGAAGAUCCUGAGGCAGACGACAUCCCCAUGUCAGACCUUGAAGAUCUCGACGACGAAGAUAAGGAGGACAUUAUUCCCCACCAACGCCUCACCAUUAACAACACAACCGCCCUCCUCGCCGCCUUGAACCGCAUCUCUGUUCCCACAGACAAGUCUGUUCCCUUCGCGACACACCAGUCCCUCGUCUCCAGCAGCGCCACAGCCGAAUCUAUCCCCGAUGUCCAAGAUGAUCUCCAGCGCGAGCUCGCCUUCUACACCCAGAGUCUCGAGGCCACGCGCACAGCCCGCAAGCUCCUCCGCCAAGAGGGUAUUCCUUUCUCUCGUCCCAAGGAUUACUUUGCUGAGAUGAUCAAGGAGGAUGCCCAUAUGGAGAAGGUCAAGGCCAAGCUUGUUGAGGAGGCGUCCAACAAGAAGGCUGCCCAGGAGGCCCGCAAGAUGCGCGACCUCAAGAAGUUCGGAAAGCAGGUUCAAGUCGCCAAGAUGCAGGAGCGACACAAGGAGAAGCGCGAGACCCUCGACAAGAUCAAGAACCUCAAGCGAAAGCGCUCAGAAACCGGCGGUGCUGGUCUCGACACCAAGGAAGCCGACAUCUUCGACGUCGGUGUCGAGAAGGAGAUGAAGAGCCACAACCCUCGCUCAGGCGCUGGUCGCGGUGCUGGAGCCGGAGGCAACCACAAGCGAGCCAAGAAGAACGAGAAGUACGGCUUCGGUGGCAAGAAGCGCCACGGCAAGUCAGGCGACGCCAUGAGCUCCGGCGAUCUCAGCGGCUUCGAUGCCAAGAAGAUGAAGGCCGGCGGCAGAGUAUCCAAGCCAAGGCCUGGCAAGGCGAGAAGAAAGACUAUGGGCUCUCGGUAG